AAAUCGAGUAGCGUUCGCAGUUCAGACAAGUUUCCAAGUCUCCCAUCCCCCAGUGACCGCUAGAAUUCCUCUGCUCGCCGCUCCUGACUUCUGAGGAAGUCCGUCACUUCUUCCGUUCACUCCAGCUGCUGCACUUUUGCGAGCGGCAGAGAUGGCGAUGGAGAAUUACAAACAGUUUUUGUUUUUCUUAGCGACCUCACUGUCUGUGGGCUUCGUCGCCGUUGUUUUCGUGCUGCGUUGGGUCCUCUAUUUUAGAGGGGGUUUGGCAUGGGACGGAGACCAGGCAGAAUUUAACUGGCAUCCAGUUCUUACCGUGACGGGGUUUAUUUUCAUUCAGGGAAUCGCUAUUGUGGUGUACAGACUACCAUGGACGUGGAAGUGCAGUAAACUGAUGAUGAAAUUCAUUCACGCUGGUUUAAAUACCCUGGCCUUCAUUAUCGCCAUCAUUUCGCUGGUGGCAGUGUUUGAUUUUCACAACACCAAAAAUAUUCCCAAUAUGUACAGUUUGCACAGCUGGGUUGGGUUGGCUGCUGUCAUACUGUAUGCUCUGCAGCUUCUUCUAGGUCUCUGUAUCUACUUGGUCCCCAUUACCCCCGUGUCCAUCAGAGCUGCGUUCAUGCCCAUACAUGUGUUCAGUGGCCUUUUCAUCUUUGCAUCCGUUAUUGCUGCUGCCUUGAUGGGAAUCACAGAAAAGCUCAUUUUCAGCUUAAAUAACCCCAAGUACAGCAGCUCCCCCCCAGAAGCCAUCUUUGUCAACGUGCUGGGCUUGUUGCUCCUGCUGUACGGGGCUCUUAUUCUCUGGAUAGCCACCCGCUCCCCCUGGAAGCGCCCCAGCGAGCAGUCGGCUCCGGCCAGGCUCACGAACGGAGGCGGGUGUAAAAGUGACCGGGAGGGGCUGACCAUGUCCGACUCCGUCGCCGAGGUCCGAAACGAGCCGGAUCCCAGCAGCGAGGCCCGCAGGAGGAACCCCAACCAGGACGAGGCAGGGCAAAGGUCAACCAUGUAGGGCAGCCUGCGCUGCCUCCGACAAGAUCCGCAGCCUACGGUGGACAGAAACUUUGCUUGACGUGCCGAAAUUCCAUCUUUGCCAAGACCAGAGGAGGACAAAUCCCAUUUCUUACCCAGCGUUCUAAAACACUGUGCACCAGUUCUCCAGCUCAGACUUCGGUUUGUUUACUGCAUUGCAUUUAUUGAACAGACAGCCUCAGCGUCACAUUCCAGUACUUUUAUAAAUACAUUUACAGCUCCUUACUGAAUUUAUUAGAAUUGCAUUCCAUCCAUUAUUCCUUAUUAGCAACUGUUGCACAGCUGGUGUUAUUGAAUUACAUUGACGUUCAGAUAUUUUAAGCAAUAAAUAGGAAAUUUAUAUAGUCUAGGGAAGAUUAGAUUCCAGCCUGGGGUGCCUUUUGUAGGGAUUUUGCCCAUGCAUUUAUACUGGUAUGCUAGUGUCUUCCCACAGUCCAAAGACAUGCUGUCCAAGUUGAUUGGUGUAUAGAAAGUAAACCCCAGUACAUGUGUAUAUGGACUGGCCUUCAGUCCAGGGUGCUGACCUCUGCCCUACUGAAAAUAAAAGGUUCUUAACUGAACCUCCUGAGGGACUGAACCAGCAAAUCAUGUCACCUGAACCAAAGUUGAGCUCUAUGAUCCCGGAUUCAACUCUGGAUCAUGUCACUAGCUGACUGUGACUGGGAUUCUCAUGUGACAGCACACAAACUAUGAGUUUGAGCUUAUAAUGACAGGGUCAUUAGCUUAGCACAUCAGUAAUGGAUAACGAAUCAGUUGUUUAGAAAACAUUAAACCUAGCUGAAAUAAGUCUGUGGGCAACUUUUCUUGGAAAUAAUACAUGUCGAGACAGUACGGAGUCCAUUUAAAAACCAGACAGAAGGCACAGGAGUACUCCGGGUCUCGAAACACUGUUACAGGACAUAUUGUAUAAUACCAUGAAAUGUUUCAAGGCUCUGCCUUGUGGACCAAGAUCACCAAGUGCAUUCCACGUGAUAACUUAGUGUCACAAACUAACAUUCUCAUACUAUCCCUAUGUUUAGGCGUGCAGUUAAAAGCAUUGUAGAAUAUGUACAAGCUUGUUGUUUUUGCAUAAUUUUACAAGCAGGAGAGGUACUGAAGUUGCAAGAGCAGUGAGCUUGCGUUUUUAAAGAAAGGUACUUUUUAUACUGUAUACUCAGCAUUCAAAGAAACACGUGUAUGUUUACAGCAUGUAGUAUAUGGCAUAUAAACGUGCAUGCGUGUUUGGAACCUCGAUUAAAGAUUUUUUGGCAUCAUUUAAAAUAAUUGAUUAUGGUGAUACCCUUGAGUGACUUUGACCAAUGCUUACUUACAAAAUCAACUCAUUAAAGAUAGAGUUUAUUGA